AUGAGAGGUGGAGUUUCUCCAGUGCAGGCAGCCCUAACACCCGAGGCAGCUGCCACAGUGACCCAGGCAGCCAGCCUGGCAAGGCAACGUGGCCACCCUCAGGUGACCCCACUCCACGUGGCAAAUGCCAUGCUGGCAACUCCCGACGGCUUGCUGAGGUCCGCGUGCUCCCGUUCCCACUCCCAUCCUCUCCAGUUCAAAGCCCUCGAGUUCUGCUUCAACGUGGCCCUCAACCGCCUCCCAGCCGGAUGUGCUGGCCCAAUCCUUGCCCGCCACCUGUACCCUUCAGUCUCCAACGCCCUCGUGGCCGCUUUCAAGCGGGUCGCGGCCCACCAGCGCCGUGAAUCUUCCGAACAGCAGAGUUCAGUCAGAAUUGGGCUCGGGCAGCUUGUUGUUUCCAUAUUGGAUGACCCGAGUGUGAGCCGAGUCAUGAGAGAAGCCGGUUUUUCGAGCACUCAAGUGAAAUCCAACGUGGAAUAUAUGAUUAGUAGCCGUGUUGCGGAUUUUGAGGGUUAUAGGAGGUGUCAAAAAGGGUACGGCUCGCUUGAGGAUGUUUGGGGGCUAAGUAUGGUUACGAUUAAUCGUGUACAUGGUUUGGGCUUGAGUGUCGUUUCUCCAAGUGACGAGGGUUGUGCGGAAGCUAGACGAGGAGCGGAAAAUGGAAUUGGUCAUGAGGAAGUGAUUAUAGAUGGAGAGGUGAUCAAGCUCACUUGUUGUUUUGAUUGUUUGGCAAAGUUUGAAGCAGAAAAGGCGGGAAAAGGAUUGGAAAAAAGCAGCAUUUGUGGGACUAAUGAUCAGUUGAAAUUGUCGAGUUUGCCUCCAUGGCUCAAAGAUGAAGGUUCAAGACCUUGCUAUAACAGUCAUCAGGACUGUGAGUCCAUCACGGAGUUGGCCAAGAAAUGGAACUCGUACUGCAUUUCUGUCCACAAGCAACCUAGACGUUCGCAAAAAAACCUUACAUUGUCACCAUCUUCAUCGACUUCUUGCUUCUCGUUUGACCCACAUAACCCUAAGCCAUUUUCUUGUUCAACUACAAGUUCUCCUUCCUCAAGUGACAACCAUAUGGAUGCAGCAUAUUCUCAAAAAUUCAAAGAAUUCAACUCGCAAAACCUGAAUAUUUUGUGCAGUGCACUGGAGAAAAAGGUUCCAUGGCAAAAGGAAAUAAUCCCUGAAAUAGCUGGAACCAUAUUGCAAUGCAGAUCUGGAAUGUUAAGAAGAAAGUACGAGGUGACAGGCAACAACGAUGUCAAGAACGAAACAUGGCUACUCUUUCUCGGCCCCGAUGCACUAGCAAAAGAGAAAGUCUCAAGACACCUUGCUAAGACAGUGUUUGGCUCAUCCUCUAACUUCGUAUCAAUCGGAAUAAGCAGUUUCGCCUCAUCCACAAAAUCCGAUGCAUUGUCCAAGGAUCAUCAUAACAAAAGAGAGAGGGACGAACAAAGUUACAUAGACCAGUUUUCCCACGCAGUUUUUGAAAAUCCACACCGUGUGUUCUUGUUAGAAGAUUUAGAGCAAGCGGAUCACAUAUCACAAAUGGGGAUAAAACGGGCAAUCGAAAGAGGAAGAAUACAAAGCAGCACGGGGAUUGGUGAAGAAGCUAUGUUUUGUGAUGCAAUUGUUAUAUUGAGCUGUGAAGUGUUUAGACUCAGGUCAAGGGCUUGUUCUCCUUGUGGUAAGCGGAAAACAGGUAAUAUGGGUGGAGAUGGAGAAGAGAUCAAGCGCACUUGUGAUGAGCCGUUGGAUUUGAAUAUUACCUUUGAUAUUGAUGAUGAAGGUGGUGCUGUGGAGCAGUCAGUUGAUGAUCAUUUAGGGAUUCUUGAGGGUGUUGUGGAUAGAAAUGUAGUGUUCAAAAUUCAAAAAUUGUAGUGUUUGUUGUUAGUGGUGGGUAGGAGGGAAAACUAUCAAAUAUCCUUUGUAAACUUUGUUUCUUGUCUCAUAAUAUUAUUAGUGAACGAGGACGCCAUGUCCUAUGAAAUGGAGUCUUUUG